CGUAAAUAAGGCACCGCUAUCAGUUGUACAAAGCUAACAUGCAGACAUAUAAUUUUGUUCCACCGUCAACCGUGCAUAUGCCAAGUUGAUAAUUAGCUUUCAUUUCUUGAACGCUACUCUGUAAGGUGCAGGACGCACACACGAAAGCGCUUCGACGAUGGGGGUCAGGUUUUGUAUCACGGCGUUAUGUUUUCUGUUCAGUGGUAACCUUGCACAGGAGUUUUCGGAACCAUGUGAUGACCAAAUAUACUGUCAGGGGGAUCUUCUUAAAACCGUUCAACUCAACCACCUUAAUCCGGAUGAUAAAACCUUCGUCGAUUUGGCUUUAAAAUCCUCUCCGGAAGUCGUUAUGGCUAAUUUCGAGCUCCUUGACAUUGUUGGGGAUGUAGAUGGAGACGAUGCAAAGAUACAAUUGCUGAAAAAUUUUGUCGCCAACAACUUUGAAGACGGAACAGAAUUUGAGCCCUGGGUCCCAGGAGAUUGGAUAGACAAUCCUGAUUUUCUCAACAGUAUUUCUGACCCAGUAUUUAAAGAGUGGGCCCGAAGUCUUCAUGGGUUUUGGGAAGAAUUAGGUCGAAAAAUUAAGCCAGCAGUAAAUGGUAGUGAUCGCUACUCUAUGCAUUAUGUGUCACAUCCUGUCAUUAUUCCUGGAGGGCGCUUUAAGGAAUUUUACUACUGGGAUUCGUACUGGAUUCAGAAGGGGCUUCUUGUGUCUCAAAUGACCGACACCGUGCGUGGAAUGAUUGAAAAUUUUGUGGAAAUGGUGGAAAACUUGGGAUAUAUUCCUAAUGGUGGUAGGAUCUACUAUGAGCGAAGUCAACCACCACUGUUUAUCCCGAUGGUUAAAAAUUACUACGAUGUCACGAGAAAUAUAACUUUUCUAAGAAAUAACAUAAAAACAAUGGAAAAGGAAUUCAAAUUUUUCAUGGAGCAAAGAAACGUUACUUUUCAAGUUGGUGGGCGUAAUUAUACUAUGGCCAGAUAUAAUGUGCAUCUGAAAAGUCCUAGACCAGAAUCUUACAGCAAGGACUACGAGUUAGUUGAACCAUUAAACCUCACAAGCAAUGAGAAGGACAUUUUGUAUGCAAAUUUGAAAACUGGUGCAGAAUCUGGAUGGGACUUUUCAUCUCGGUGGUUUGUCGCCGAGGGGAACUCUGAAGCCAACUUAUCUCACACGAAAACAAGAGAUAUCAUCCCAGUGGAUUUAAAUGGAUUUUUAUACUGGAAUGCCGUCAUUUUGAAAUUUGACUUGUCGUUUUUAUCGGUGUAUGCAUACAUACAACAGAUUACUGAGGACUGUACUGAAACCCCACAAUAUUACACUGACAAAGCGACAGAAUGGAAAACGGCGAUUCAUGAUGUGCUUUGGGAUGAAGAAACUGGAUCCUGGUUCGAUUAUGACUACAUCAGAGGAAAUCUUCGCAAAGAAUUCUUUGCAACGAACGUUGUCCCUCUUUGGGUAAACGCCCAUCAUAAUGACUCCGCUAUUCCCAAAAUAUUUCAGUACUACAUUGAUAGUAAAGCUACGACUUUUCCCGGAGGAAUUCCUGCAUCCAUGAAGCAAACAGGAGAACAGUGGGAUUUCCCAAACGGGUGGCCCCCACUUAAUCAUAUGGUUGUCGAAGCAUUCGAGUAUUCUGGACAUCAAGCUGCAAAAGAUUUAGCAUUUGAUUUGGCAGAAAGAUGGACAAGGACAAACUACUUGGCCUACGAAAAAUAUAACAAUACUAUGUUUGAAAAAUAUGACGUGACUUGCCUUGGAUGCGCUGGUGGGGGUGGAGAAUAUGCAGUCGUUGUGGGAUUUGGUUGGACGAAUGGCGUAAUUUUAGAUUUUUUGAAAAUGUACGGAAACCGCAUGACACUGCCAGAAACAACUCAACCAACGACAUCAACGUUGCCUCCAACGACAACAUCAAACACCUCCUCAAAUAUUCCUCUUGGUGUAUUAACAUUGGUUGUUUUGUGCUUAUAUAUGAUUAAAUUAACCAAUUGAUUGGAAUUCUUAAAUUCAGUAAAACUGGCACUAAUUUCAUUCAUCAUCGUGAAAAGCACCCCACAUUUUUAGGAGCCGUGAUAGCUCUGAGGAAUAGUUGGGUCGCUCUGGUUCGGAGGUCUCAGCAACACGUCAUGUGAGCGAGGGCGACUGACAGGUUGAGUGGUGGUGGCGGUGUUGUGUUCAACUUGUCUGCUGAGAUGAGAAAUGUUGAGACACGGUAUCGAAUGUGAGUGAGCAAGUAAACAUGCUCGGCUGGAUUUCAACUCAACCUCUGUCCGGGACUGAGACGAGAUUUUCGCUCUCGGGAAUUUUUUUUAAUCAAUUGUUUUAAAGUCAAUACUUAAAAAACCGUCUACAUUUUCAAACCCCACCCCCACUACUACACCCUGUGCUGGGUGACAAGAGGUAAUUAUUUAUUUUCAAUUCCAAUAGUUGGAUAUUUCUCAUUUCUCAUUUUUUCUCAUUUUUUCGCAACAUUUCUCAUUCCGUCUCGUUCCGUCUUACUUGCAGAUUUGGUAUAAUGACUUCAAAUAGAGAUGAGUUGGAUGAAGGAGACUUGGACUUGAGUUUCGAAUUUCAAGGAAACCGAUAUUUCACGAUCGACGAAUAUAUGGAACAGUGUAGAGCCCAACGUGUACCCCUCGCCUCCAUGACCACUGACUCAUCAACGUUAGGCGAUAAGGAGAAUCGGAGUGACGUCGACGACUGCGUUAAACUAGGUAAACUAAUGUGCAGUUUUCCAACAAUUGGACAAUAAUAACUAAUUAAUAAUUUCCCCUCUUCACCAUCAGGUCCGGAGCGAGAUGUAUCGUCGUCAUCCCG